GGGAAAUUUAAAUGUAAUCAAUCCCCGAAUGAUCGAACAUCAAAAUAUACUUUCCAUGGACGCCGCGGCGUGGCCUCUGCCGAGUGAGCAGAAGGCAGAGCCGUGUGGAGAUAACAUGCCUUUUGAUGAGCAGCUAAGGACCACACUGCACUGUGAUGAUAAGGAAAAGCUUCGUAGGAAGUUGGCACUGUUACAAAGGGAGUACCUCAAGACAACUCAGAGACUACAGCGUGCUGAGCGUGUUGACGCAGUGCGCAAACACGUGAGGAGCAGAAUCAGUCAGCAGAACCAGGAAGACACAGAUGUGACCUCUAACCCCCGUCUCAGCCCCUCUCCAUUGAUACUGAACGCCACCAAUGGGGCCGCCACAAGUGAAGCUCAGUGCGAGGGACACACUGGAGGUCCGGUGGAUUCUGAUAACUCCAGGAGGAGCCAGGUGAUCAGGUUCCUGCUCCCUUCUGAAGAUCCUUGCACUGAAACCCUGACUCCCAGCCAUGACACACCCGGAGGUCACAGGUCGAGCCCCGCUCUGCGCCUCAGGUCUCGACGCAGCCGCCUGCGUUGGGAGAGGAGGAGCGCCGAGGCUGGCAGGAGCACGGACGACAACAGUGAGGAAGGACAGGAGCAGAGUGAGAGGAUGGCGGUUGGGAGUGAAGGGGGAGACAAAACGCGGGGAACAGAGGUUGUGAAUGAAGGUGAAGAGCUAUGUUCUGGUACUGAGUCUGAGUCUCCAUCUCUGCUGCUGACACACUGGAACACGACGCAAAAUGAAACGGGAGAUAUCGAGGGAAACCAAAUACAAGGACAACCAGAACAAAGGGGGAAAGAGACCGAGUUAAGAUCCGAAGGGAAAAAAGAAUCAACUUCUUUGGUGCCUUCACCUGCAGGCAGGGAACUAAACGGCGCAGAGCAGAGGAAUAAAAGGCUUUGUGAAAACAGCAGCGAUAAAGACAAUGAACAAAAUUCAGCAGAGAAAACAGAAACGGAAAAAAGUCUUGAAAAUACAGCUGAAUUCAAAAAAGAAAAAAGUGAGAUGGUUGGAUCGGGGCAUGAUGUAAAGGCUGUGAGUCUCCUUGACUCCUGUACCCUCGUGGAAGGACUACUUUUCCCCGCAGAGUACUAUGUCCGAACCACAAGGCGUAUGAGCCAAUCACAGAGCCAGCCGAACAUGCAAGCUAUCAUUCUCUCCCAGCUGAGCGGCGGGCGACGUUGCCGGGGCCGCGGCGGCAGGGGAUCGAACCGGGACACACCCAACCCUGAACGUUCAGAUCAACACACUGCAUCUGUAGCUCCUUGUCUGGACUCACAGCCUGCUGAGCCGAACACUCAGAGCUCCAGCGAGAUUUCUCCUAUUGUCACCUCUGCUCGGCCAGCAAGAGGGAGGAGGAAGAAGAGAGGAAGGGGAAGAGGGAGACCUCAAACCCCACGGUGCUCUCUCAGUUUAGACUCCAAUCAGCUAGACCUUGCACAAAAGACCUCAGACGAUCCCCCAGCAACAAGCUCCCCGGUGGAUUCCUCCCCGUCUCUUCAUCAAGCUGAUGGAUGGAAACCCUCUAUCUCUCCGGUGCAGGACGUCCCACAGCCUGCGUCCACAAACAGCACAGAUACACCGCCUUCCUCUGGGGUCAUGGUUGAUCCGUCCAGCUCUGCAUCUGGACCUCUGGGGAAGGUCUUUCCCAUCUUUCGUACGAGCGGCGAAAGGAGCAACAGAUCCACUCAGAGCAGUAGAGAUGCAGCGAGCUGGGCAGUGUCUCCUCCUGCCCUCCUCUCCCCGGCCCAACCUUCUCUGCUUCCUCUCCCCUCUCCGUCUCCUGGCUCGCUGUUCAACUACUUUGACACUAUCCAGGAUUUCCAUCUCCCCGAUGACCAGUUUGCUUUUCUUAAGCUGCACAAGCUCCGCCAAGUCUCCGUGGCUUCGGAAGUGGAACCUUUUACCUCGCCGUCUUACAACACGCGCAGAAGCAGCCGCCGUUUUGUUAGCAGUGACUUAGAGAGGCGUCUUCCACUGCCGCUCAGCCUCACACCCACCAUCAGAAAGUCACCCCAUACCGCUGCUGCUUCACAUUCUGACCUGCAAAAUGUGUCAAUCAAAUACAGCCAGUCCUUCACAGAAGACCCUGAGCAAGUUAUUAAAGAAACCCUUGGAGAGCAGCAGACUGAAAACCUCCAGAUAGAGUGUCAGAGUUGCACCACCUCAACAGUGUCUGAGCCAGGGGUUCAAGAUGGUGCUGGUGACUGCGUUGAUCAAUAUAAAAAGCAAGAGACUAUCCUUCUGAAUACUCACCACACUGUCGAACCACAGCCUCACAUCAGCUUUGCAGACAGACCUGUAGAACAAGUAAAUAAUGAUGACAUUGGGUGUUCAGAUGAACUUCAAAUCAAAGAGUCUUCUCUCCUUUUAUAUGAACAACAAACAGUUAGUCCGGGUGUCAUCCAUCCUUUGGAGGAACAUAUGUCGACACACAACCAAACUGAAGACAAAGAUACCAUCAAGACUCUUUCCUUCCAUUGCUCUCUACAGGAAACCCCCGAGGAGCCUUCUAUAAGCCGCGCUGCUGAACAGUUAUGUAACGUCAGCGAAGCUCCAGGAGAGUCUCCCGUACAGAAUCUGCAUGAGAAGUCUCCCACUCAAGACUCAAGGGAAUCGCCUAGAGCCGGAUCGAUGGGAAAUCAACACAAGUGUGUACAGCCCCACAGCUCGCAGCUCCUGUUGAGCCCUGCUCUGACCUCAGCACCCUUCAUAACCCAGCCCCCGCCCUCCUCUGCUCUCCUCCCCAGCCCCACACUGCCAUCACUAGGACUCACCCCCCGCCUCCUGCCCCCCGCCCUCCUCUGCUCUCCUCCCCAGCCCCACACUGCCAUCACUAGGACUCACCCCCCGCCUCCUGCCCCCGCCCUCCUCUGCUCCCCCACACUGCCAUCACUAGGACUCACCCCCCGCCUCCUGCCCCCGCCCUCCUCUGCUCUCCUCCCCAGCCCCACACUGCCAUCACUAGGACUCACCCCCCGCCUCCUGCCCCCGCCCUCCUCUGCUCUCCUCCCCAGCCCCACACUGCCAUCACUAGGACUCACCCCCCCGCCUCCUGCCCCCGCCCUCCUCUGCUCUCCUCCCCAGCCCCACACUGCCAUCACUAGGACACACCCCCCCGCCUCCUGCCCCCCGCCCUCCUCUGCUCUCCUCCCCAGCCCCCACACUGCCAUCACUAGGACUCACCCCCGCCUCCUUCCCCCGCCCUCCUCUGCUCUCCUCCCCAGCCCCACACUGCCAUCACUAGGACUCACCCCCCGCCUCCUGCCCCCCCGCCUCCUGCCCCCGCCCUCCUCUGCUCUCCUCCCCCAGCCCCACCACUGCCAUCACUUAGGACUCACCCCCCGCCUCCUUCCCCCGCCCUCCUCUGACUCACCCCCCCGCCUCCUGCCCUCCUCCCCCUCUGCCCCUCCGGCUCUCUCUCCGUGUCCAUCCCAGAUCCAUCAGAUCCAGGCUUCAUCUGAGCCGCCGUGUACAGACAGCCGGGCCCAGAGGGUUGAAGCUCCUCCCUGCAGGACAGUCUCCGGCAUCCUGCCACAGGGCUCAGGAGGGGCGGGGGAGACAGCAGAGGAACACAUGACGAGAUGCACACACACGCUAAAGGCCCCGGCAGGAGGCUGUCUGGUGGAUGCUUGCCUUCUGCGUGGAUCCUCCGGUGGUUUGUGUGUCGCCGCAGCAGGAAAGUGGGCCGUGUGUCUCUGGAGUCAGACUGCAGCUUCUGACUGGAGCCUGACUCACACCUGGGCCUUCAAUGAGCCAGUGAUCGAUGUGUUUCCGGUCCCGGACGCUGCAGGGCUGAUGUGUGUGACUCUGGGUCAGUUAGAAAUCAGAGAAGUGAGGAUGCUGUCGUGCUGCAGCCUCUCCCAGCUGCUGCUCUGUGGCGGCGUUGUUCAGGCGGUUGUGUGUGUGUCCAGGUCCAGAGUGGUAACCUCCUCACACUCAGCGUCUGGCUCCAGCCUGCAGGUGUUCACGCUCUCAGACAGCGGCAGCACACCGGACCCUCAGCCUCUGGUGUCUCCUGGUGUUUGUGUCGGGGCCCUCGCUGCAGUGGCUGGACUUCCUAACGCUCUGAUUGGCUCUGAUGAGAGCGGCCGCCUCUUUGUCUGGAACUUAAAGACGGGGCAGCUGCUGCAGAGAAUCAUCCUCAGAGAAGAUUUAUCGCACAUGGCCUGUCUCAGAGGAUACUCCUACUGUGGAGUGUUGUUUGUCCUGCUGCAGCAUCAGUUGUUCAGCUCUCUGGAGGAAGAAGUAAAAGAGAAGGAUGAGGAGAGUAAGAACAUGGCUCUGUUCUCCUUGGUCGCCAUUAACCCUAUGAAUGGAAAAUCUACCCUCGCUACUCGGCUGUAUCCGCCCAACGCCUGGUCCGGCAGGCUGUGUGAAGCAGACGUUAGCGGCUCCAGCGUGGUGGGCCUGAGUCAGAGCGGCUGUGUGUGUGUGUGGCAGCUCUGGCCCCGGGGGCCCUCCAGGAUGGUGCCGGCCCCCGAGAGCGAGGGCUGGCAGCUGGCUCGAUGGGGGGGAGAGGGAACGCUGCUGACUGGACAUCACAACGGAGACGUCACCCUGCACUGCUACAGUCAGACUUCUCUCUGCCACCAAUAAGACUUUCUGAAGAUCUGAUCACUUUUAUCCCAAAGCAAUCUCCGCCCAUCGCUGUGUGAAUGUUUACAUGAAGAUUUUAACCUUUUAAAAUACUUCAAAAUCACAUUUGGUUCUGUGGCGUCUCGUAAUCCCUGUUAUUUUGUUGAUUUUCAGGUUCAUGUUUGUAUUUUGUGCCUCUACUGUGACUCACUGUUUGCAUGCUUAAAUGUCCAAUGCUCAAAAACCUAAACUACACACUACGGGGAAGGGGAAACCCCAAAAAGCAUAAUAAAGUAGUCUCUGCUAAGAUUUGGUAAACGGCACAUAUUCAACAACUCAUUGAACUGCUGGUACUCAGAAAACAAGACUGAAUUAUUGAAGGGUUAGUACUUCCUAUUUGUUUUCCUUCAGCCUUUCUACACUGUUAGUGUUCAUAGAGCCCCAGUAUCACACUCUGUGAGAGUGUUUACUUAAUGAUUGAUUUUCACGUUUUAGACCACUGUAAAACCAACUUUGUGUUUUAUUACUGCUGCUGUUAUGAAUGUUCCUUACUGUUGUUACUUGAAUAUGUUGUUGCAUGUCUUGUAUUUAAAAGAAAGAAAAGUGUUGCUAAAGUUUGUUCUUAUCAUUUACAUUAAACCUUAAAUAUGUUGUA